ACGACUCCCACCCUGGUUACCGUAGUGUUCAGAGUAGUCCCACUUAUCUAAGAUGGCUGAACUCUUAUAUCAACUUCAGCAAGAUGGAAUAUAUAAAAAGAUUAUUUAUGGCGGAGAAGGCGAUUUGCCUGAAAUUCCAGACGGAGCAAAGGCAACAUUUCAUUACCGCACUCUCAAAACCAAUGAAGAACGAACAGUUCUGGAUGACAGCAAGCACAUUGGGAAACCCAUGGAGCUCAUUUUUGGUAAAAAGUUCAAACUGGAAGUGUGGGAAAAGUUGCUGAAAACAAUGAAAAUCAAAGAAGUUGCAGAAUUUACUUGUGAUAUAAAGCAUACAGCUGUGUACCCAUUAGUUGCCAAAAGUCUGAGGGAUAUUUUCAAGGGGAAAUCAUCUCAUGAACAUACAUCACAUUGCUGUGGAAUGAUGGCCCUUUCUGAGCAAGGCAUGGGCUACUCUGAUCUAGAUGAGCUUAUGAAGUGUCCUCAGCCUUUGAUUUUUAUUUUGGAAUUCAACAAGUUGGAGUUGCCUGAACAGUUUGAACCUGAGAGCUGGUCUAUGAAUGGAUCUGAGAAAUUAGAGAGUAUCCCUAAACUGAGAGAGGCUGGCAAUGAGGCUUACUCAAAGAAAGAUUAUGAAGAUGCUGCCAAAAAAUAUGCACAAGCUUUAGGACUGCUGGAGGACCUAAUGUUACAUGAAAAACCAGGAGAUGAAGAGUGGAACAAGUUAGAUGAGAUGAAACGCCCAUUGCUGCUCAACUUUUCUCAAUGCAAACUUCUAACACACGAUUAUUACCCAGUAAUCACACAUACAUCUGAUGUACUCAUCAAAGACCCAGACAAUGUCAAAGCUUUAUUCAGGCGAGGAAAAGCCCAUGCUGCUGUGUGGAACCUGAAAGAGGCACAAGAAGACUUUGCUCGUGUGCUGGAGCUGGAGCCCAGUCUAAAGAAGGCUGUCAAUGUUGAGCUGGCCAGUUUAGAAAAAAGAGUGAAAGAGAAAGAGAAGCAGGAAAAAUCUUUGCUUCAAGGAAUGUUUAGCUGACCUCAAGUCAUCAAGUUUUUUUUCUGUGUUCUUGAUUGGUCAGUUCAGUCUUCAUACGUUCCAUGUCCAUUUGUUCUUGGAAUGGCUCAAUUCUUUGGUUGGUGUUUAGUUCGCCAUUGUAUUUAUUUGACUUGCUGCAUAUUUGGUGUUUGGUGAUUGUAUGGCUGCAUUUUGGAUAACAUUUUGUUAAAUGAUUUGCUAAAAAAUAGUGGUAUUUGAAUAUUUGUCAUUGUAAUCCACUAGUCAUAUUUAGUUUUACAAUCUUUUUCUAUUUUAUUUCUUUUGUCUUUAAAGUUGUUUUUUUUCAUUGUUCGUAUUUGUACAAACAUGGGUGCUACCUAUCAGAAACAUUUUUCUAGCUCACCCGACAUUUAAUGAUAUUAACAAGCUUCAUCCCAAAGGAAAUUUUCCCUUAUGCUCAUUUUUAGCUUUUUCUAAAAAAAAAUUUUAAAAAGUACUGUAAGUAUUCUCUUUUGCAAGGACUUAAUUUUUUUACCUUCAUAAAUGACCAUUUUAGUCAUCUGUUUUAGAACUAUCAUUGCUUGCUUCCAGCUUCAGAAUUAACCUUUGUGUUAGCAUUUAUUAAUUAUGUGUUUUAAGAAACUUUUUUUUCAAUAUAGAAUAUUAUCAUUUAUGUUACAAGCCAACAUUAUUUUAGUGCAGCCAGGUCUAGGGGUAGGACAGAUUUAUCUUUAUACUAUUGCUGCACCUGGAUAUUGCAUUGCUAUAGUGUUUUGAUUGAGAUUGGCUGUGUAUUAAGUUCUAUACAUCUAAGACAACACUUGAAAAGCUAGGCUUAAUGUAAAGUAAUUCCAAACCAAAACAAUGUUGUGAGUUUCUUCUAACAGUCUUACAUACAAGUCAAAAGAUUCUCUGUGAGUCCAUGUUUUAAAGAGAAUAAAAGUAACUAGAAGUAGUGAUGGUUAAAUAUCAAAAAAGAGCUUCAAAUAGAGUUGAUAAUAGACAAAGUUUACUAAUAAUUUUUAAAAAAUCUCUUCUAUUGCUCAUGAAAUGAUAAUACAUUUGCAAAACAUAGUCAGUUUUGUGCCAUGCUAAAAUAACUGUAAUAACAGUAAAACUGUAUCCAUUUUUUUUAUUUAUUUAUAGUUUAUUAGAUAUAGAAUUGCUUAAUGUUUAUUGAUAAAUUAUCUAAGCUUUGCUUAUAUUUUUUUACAUAAAUCUAUAUAGAUUACAUCUAGAUUCUAGAUCUUGAAGUAGAUAUAGAUCCAAAUCUAAACUAGAUCUAGAUCUUGUUCUAGAUGAGUAUAUAAUGAAAGUUACCAAUAAAGAAUAACUUAAUUAUACAUUAAUAUGACCUAAUAGGUAGCAUCAUUGGUAUAAGAAGAUGAAGAUGUCAAAAUCAGGAUUUUAAGCUAAAAAAAAAACAAUUUUUAAAUAUUUUAUUUCAUUUUAAGUUGUAUUGUCAUUUUUAAAAAAUGUAUUUUUUAAAAAUGUUUUGCUUGUUUUAGAUGCUCUUAAAGAAAAGAUCUGUUUUGAAACUUAGAUGGAGUUAGAUUAAAAUAAUUCUUGUAAAUAUCAGUAUAAUUUUGUAUAACAUUAAAAGGAUUAUUUUUUUAAAUUUAAUGUUGCAAAAGCCCAUUACACGUUUUGUGCUUCUUUCUUAACUGAAACAAAGUAGUAGCAGUACAAACUAAAAGAAAAUUAUUGUAGAACUAUAUAGCACUAAGCUUUUCACAAAUCUGUUGAAGGAGUAGAGAUUGAAAUACUCAUGAAAUGAUAAUACAUUUGCAAAACAUAGUCAGUUUUGUGCCAUGCUAGAAUAACAUAUUUUUACUAAAUCAUCAUUUAUUCAUCCAAACUGCAUCAUUGUUGAAGCAAAGAGUUUAUUUUAUUCUGAGAUCAAAAUAAAUGGACAUAACUUGCUGUCAUUCAAAACUGUCAAUAUAAAAAAAAAAUGAAAAGCUCUGAUGUGUUUGAUCAAGAUCAAUAUCUUCCCAAAUAGAUGACAAUUGAUAAUGUCUGUAGCUCACUUUACAAAUUUCCCUUAUCAUUAGCUUGUCAAAAUGCCUACCAACAAAUGCUUCCAUUGAUUAUGAUAAGGGCUAUUAUAAUUAUUUUCUCACAUCACUGCAGCUUAGUUCAGGAAUAUUUUUUUUUCUUUUAAGAAUAGACUUAUUUAAUUAGUUAAUAAGAUUUAACCUAUUCCAAUUUAAAAUUAAUGAGUGAACUUAACAUGCCAUUGUGCUGGAAUCAUAAAUGUUUUUUUAAAUUUAAUAAUAAAGUAAUAAAGAAGAUUUAAUAUGCAUUGAAAUAUUGUUACAAUUCAAAAUCAAUUCUCAAUAUUUAGUUGGCAACAGUGAAGUGUCCUUGACAUUGUUUAGUUUAUCAUGAACAUCUCCAACAGAGACAGGCUACUAUCAUUUUUGUGCUGUCUUUCUGUUUGUCUCAUUUUGAUAUUUUAAAAAAACAGCAACUAAAUUUUGCCAUGGCCAUUUUUUUUGUUAGGUAGAAAUUUCAAAUAUGUGAAACUUCAUCUUUUAGUCUUGUGAAAGUGAACCCUUACUGUUUUAUAAAUAAUACAUGCAAAAUAUUUUUACAUACACAUUUUCCAAGUAAGAUUAAAAAGUUGUAUAUAGUAUAUAAUACUUUAUAGUGUUGUGUGAAAUUCUAAAAAUGGAAAAAAGCUAUUAUAGUCUCUAGUAAUUUAGACUUAUAAUGUUUGGUAUCUGUUAAAGUAAAAUGAAUGUAAUGAAGAAAUAUAUGUUCGUAGGUCCAAAACAGCUUCUUUUGGUCUUCUAAAGAUAUGCACUUCUGUUUUUAAAGCAAAAUUUAAAAGCCAGUUCUUGUCAAACCUCGCCUGUUUCUUAAUGAAAGUUAGUUUGUAAGGUUUAAGUACCACUGAUCGUCAUUAUUAUUAUGUUAAUUUUUUUUUUUAUAGUUUAAGUACCACUGAUCGUCAUUAUUAUUAUGUUAAGUUUUUUUUUAUGUUCAUGUGUUCUUAUAUACAUACAGAGACACACACAUAUAUAUUUAUGUACUAUAUCUAACUUAUAUAUUUAACUCCACAAAAUUAUAAUGAGUGUAAAAAAUCUGUUCCUUUCAAUAAGAACAGUAGAACCAAUGUACUUCAAAAUGAUACAAAUGUAGGCUUCUCUGAUUUCGAACUUUUAUUUUAGUACAAGUUUUUUUGUUGGCUUGACUUUUUCAUUUAUUUCUUCUGUACAUUCAAAUGUUUCCAUAACAACUAACAAAAUCAUUUGAUCUUAAUUUUUAUUUUAACUCUCAUCCAACAGCAAGGCAACUGAAAAGAAGCAAGCCUUAGCAUCUAUUGCUCUGCAAAAGCAGAUAAAAUCUCUAAGCAUCACUUGUUUGCAAAUUUAAACAAAAAUAUCUCACAUUUCCAAUGUCUUGAUAUGUUCUAUCUAUUGUAAUUGUACAAUGGUCAUAAUUUAACUAUUGUUAUCAUUCCUUUUAUAAAAAAAGUUUCACUAGAAGCACCAUUAUUUUAUAUUUAAAAGAAUUAAUCAUUUCUAACUUUAUGGGCUAUCUAUUUAGCUUAAAUGGCACCCCUGUAGUAUUGUAGUGGGUACCAAGUCACAUAAGUGUGACACCAUUGCUGACUCCAUGGUCUACUAGGAAGGGCUAACACCACAUACCGAGCAGGCUGUUUAUUUCCAUCAUGCUUUGGCAACAACCCAAAAAAUAGAAAUGGAAAAGUGGUUUGAGUACUGGGACAAGUCCCAAAAAGCCCACUGAGUCUAGGAGCACCUGAGGUGCCCUCUCUUGCUGUUAUGUACUAGAUUAGAGAGUAGGUUAGUUUUGUUAGACAAAUAUAUUGUGUAUUGUUUUAGCGAUGGUAAAAAUAGUGACGUAGAUUAGAGAGUAGGUUAGUUUUGUUAGACAAAAAUAUUGUGACCAGAUUUCCCAGUGAUAAAUGAAGGUCUUAUUUGAUAGAAGUGAAAGUCGUUAUUAAGUAUAUUGUUAACUUGUAAUGUUCUGUGGCUAAUGUGAAGUAAUAAUGGAGAUAGAAUCGAAGUCAGAUAAUAUUAGCCCACAACACUGCUCUUCCCCUUGGUGGAGGCUGUCCAGAAAUGUAGCUAUUUAUUUUAUGGAUAGGCAAAGAAAGCCCUUUAAAGAAAAACAAAAUAGAUGCUUUUUCCCUUACACUGAAUUCAGAGAAUAUAUAAUAGAGGCCCCCAUCAGUCCAUAUUCUUUAUUCUUUGCCCAUGUUUCAGAACUAAAAAAUAAUAUUACAGUAACACAUAAUUAGUGUAAUAAUUAUCAUAACUGGGUUGGGGUGGCUGAGUGAUAAAGCACUUGACUAAGGAUUCUUGAAUUCAAAUCCCAUUGAAGAUUUAGAUAUUGAAUUUCUGGAUUUUUUAGGUUGCUUGAGUCCACCUAACUCCAAAUAGUUCUUGAUAUUAGUUGAGCAAGUAAAAAGUCAAUGCAGCUGCUUGCUGUGUUACAAUUGUUGACAAUAACAAAAAUGAGCUUUUCAUGAUCUUUCACAUGGAUUGCAAGGUCUGAAAGGAAUAUCUUAAUAUGUAGUAAAUAGUUGGUUCCUUCUUUUAUUUUUGCCUGUGUAUAAGUAGCUAGAUAGGAGCUCUAAUAUCUUUCAUGCUGUUUGUUUUCAAUUUUUAAAUUCUAUGAUUAUAAAGAUGGCAGCACUAGGUUCAAUUUUAAUGAUAUUCAUAAAUGUAGUUUUGUGAAAUUUGUUUUAGUUUCAUAUUGUCAAAUAAAAUGACUACAGACAAAAUAUUGUGACUAACAAAGUGACAUGUAUUUACUGCUAAUGUGCCAGUACUAUGCUUUAUCAGGACCAUUAUUUUUUUUAUUGACUCCAAACUUCAACUUUGUAACUUCUGACUUUUCUUCUAAAGCAGAAAGACAAACAUUAAUUCUAUUCAAUAAAACUUUGUGAUAGACUUUCAGAACUUUAGUGAUUUUUAAAACACCUUGGUGCCAUUUUAAUCAAAAAAUAUUAAAACAUCCUUUCUUUUUUGUGUCAAAUAUUGUGCACCAUUUAACACCCAGUUAAAAAAAAAUACAUAAGACAAUGUAGUCAUGACUUAUAUACCUUAAUAAAACCUUUUAUUUCCAUACAUGAUCUGAAUUUAUGCUCAGAAUUUCUAGACUUUUUUUUCCCCCCAUUACUUUGUGAUAAGUUAUAUUUAAACAAAAAAAAAUCUUUUAAUUAGUUGGAUCUGAAACAUUAUAACUUCUACUGUUAGUAAAUUCUUGUUAAAAGUGGUAGAAUAUUUUAGUGCAGUGCCAUAACUCCAAUGGUGUUGUUUUUUUUACAAUUAAAAAAAAAACAAAAACAGAAUACACUGUUCUGUUAAUGCUCAAAGAUAGUCUCUGUGUGCUGCUUGUUUAUUGACUACAGCGGCUAUUUUGAGGUGAAUGAUGUGAUAAUUGUAUAUAGUGUUGAAACAAAACAAGUGAAUUUAUUUAUUAGAAUCAUGCCUUUUUUUGGUUCCAGGCCUAGAAUUAAUUGAACAAAAGUAAAAUUAUUUGUGUCAAAUAUAAAUUUUGCUUUUGAUGCAUCAAAUUGAAAUGUAUUUUAUUGUCUGGUUUGAUUUUUAAAAAUUGUAAUAAACAUAAAACUUAUUAA